AUGCUAGAAAUCGUCCUUGCCGUCCUGGCGGCAGCAGGGCUAGCAACAGGGAUAGCAGCAGUGGUUUGGCUGCUGCUGUCAACCAAGAAAGGCGGAAACCAACUGGAACGCAGCCGAGAGGAGGCUGCUAACGCGGUCACCGUAGCCGAAGAGGAGAAGCGGAACAUCCUCCUGCAGGCGCAGGAAGCGGCGCUGAAAAUCCGCGAGGCCGGUGACAAGGAGAUCACGGAGCAACGGCGCGAGCUCAACCGCAUGGAGCGCCGUUACAUCCAGCGAGAAGAGCAGCUUGACCGCAAAGUGGAGGGUCUGGAGCAGCAAGAGUCGGAACUGGAGGAACGGGAAACGCACGCCAAGUCCGAGUUGCAAAAAGCCGAGGACCUGAAACACCUGCACAAUCGAGAGCUGGAACGGAUCGCAUCGCUGUCAAUUGACGAUGCGCGAGGCAUCGUGCUGAAGCGCGGCGAAGAGGAAGCAUCCCACGAACUGGCUCGCCGCUACUAUGAGUUGGAGAAGGAACACCAAACCCGGGCGGACGAUAACGCCCGACGUAUCCUCACGCUCGCCAUAAAUCGUCUUGCCACCGACGUGGUGUCGGAGAGCACGACAGCUGUUGUUUCCCUGCCUAACGAUGAGAUGAAGGGUCGUCUCAUCGGCCGUGAAGGACGUAACAUACGGGCCCUUGAGGCCCACACCGGCGUGGACAUCAUCGUUGACGACACGCCCGGAAUAGUAACGCUAUCCUGCUUCGACCCGGUGCGCCGGGAGAUUGCCAGGCUGGCGAUGACGCAACUGGUGAAGGAUGGGCGCAUUCAGCCCACCCGGAUCGAGGAGGCGGUCAACCGCGCGGAACGCGACAUCGAAGAGACGAUGUGGCGAGCCGGCGAGGAGGCCACCUUUGAGGUUGGAGUGAGCGGGCUGGACGCCGAGCUUGUCAAGCUGCUGGGGCGGCUCAAGUAUCGCUAUAGCUACGGCGAAAACGUGCUCACGCACUCGAUCGAGGUUGGACUGCUGGCCGGAAUGCUGGCGUCGGAAGUCGGCGCGAACGUGCAGAUGGCGCGGGCCGGCGGCCUGCUCCACGACAUCGGCAAAGCAUUGACCCACGAAAUACCGGGGCCGCACGCGGAGAUUGGCUACGACCUGACGACGCGCAACGGCGUCGGGGCGCUGGUGUGCAACUGCGUGCUGGAGCACCACGACGACGAUCAUACCAGCAUCGAGUCGUUCCUGGUGGCUGCGGCCGACGCGAUCAGCGCCGCCCGCCCGGGCGCGCGCAAGGAAUCCAUCGAGCAGUACACGAGACGGCUCAGGGAGCUGGAAGACAUGGCCUACAGCUUCGACGGAGUGCAGCGGGCUUUCGCCAUCCAGGCCGGCCGCGAGGUUCGGGUGAUGGUCAGUCCCCUGGAUGUGGACGACGUGGCCUGCGCCAGCCUGGCGAGGAACAUCGCCGGCAAGGUGUCGAAGGACCUGCAGUUCCCCGGACAGAUCAAAAUCACGGUGAUCCGCGAAACCCGCGAGGAAAGCAUCGCCAGAUAA